UGUGCCAAAACAUGGCUUGUGCUUAAGGAGCUGCAUCCCGGGAUAUGUAGUCAGUCAUUUAGCGACAUACAUCCAAUUCCAAAUGCUUUACCCAUCAAAACACAACAAGGACCAUGAUGCUGCUCGAAAUUGCGCAUGGGAUAUCAGACAGCCGAUAACCCGUCUAUUAUGCUACUUCGCUGAAAUAAAAAGGUACCGGAAAACUGCGAGCGAACAACCAUUGGAGCCACUUGAGAAAGUAAUAAAGGCACAUACACCCAGGUGGUGAUGGGAUGUGUGUACUGCUGGAGGAAUAAUGAGCUGAAAGAGGAGCAAAGUAUCUAUUGAAAACACUAGACUCAGACGUUUUGUAGAACAGGGAAGAAGUGCUCUCCUGUUGCCAGUAUGUCGGCUGUUCCUGCGUCCGCCCCAGCACUUGUCAAUCCCUCGCCACCAGAGUUCACCAACCCCAACAAGCCUGGCCGGAAAACAAACCAACUACAGUACAUGCAGAACGUUGUGGUGAAGACUCUAUGGAAGCAUCAGUUUGCGUGGCCCUUUUACACACCUGUGGAUGCCAUCAAAUUAUGUCUCGCCGACUAUCAUAAAGUUAUCAAGAGCCCAAUGGACAUGGGAACAAUAAAGAAGAGGCUAGAGAAUAACUACUACUGGAGUGCCAGCGAGUGUAUGCAGGACUUCAAUACAAUGUUUACUAACUGUUAUAUCUACAACAAGCCUACAGAUGACAUUGUGCUGAUGGCCCAAGCUCUAGAGAAGAUAUUCUUACAGAAAGUGGCCCAAAUGCCUCAGGAGGAGGUGGAGCUGCUACCACCGGUGCCCAAAGUCAAAGCAGCCCGCAAACCAGGAGGGCCCGUUAGUGCAGAGAGCCAAGCACAGGGUGAGUCGACGGAUUCACCCCCAUCUUCUUACCCCAGCUCCCCUCCACUUCUGUCUCAGACACCUGUCAUAGCAGCCACGCCAGUGCCAACCAUUACAUCUGUUACCCCUGUCCGAGCUGUGCCUACUGCUGCCUCCAUGAUGGCUGUGGUUCCAACGGCACAGCCAGUCAUCAAAAAAAAGGGGGUCAAGCGGAAAGCAGACACAACAACUCCCACGACCUCAGCAAUCUCGGCCAGUAGAAGUGACUCCCCUACCCAGCUCCUAGAAUCCAAACAGGAGAAUGUCUUGUCCAGGCGGGAGAGCACAGUGCGGUCCGUCAAGCCCCCCAAGAAGGACACAGAGGAUGGAGAGGCGCCCCUGCUCAGUGGCAAGAAAGGCAAGCUCGGCGAGCAGCUGAAGCACUGCGAAGUCAUCCUGAAGGAGAUGCUGUCCAAGAAGUACACGGCCCACGCUUGGCCUUUCUACAAGCCUGUAGAUGCAGAAGCGCUAGAACUGCAUGACUACCAUGAGAUAAUCAAACACCCCAUGGACCUGAGCACUGUCAAAAAAAAAAUGGACAGUCGAGAUUACCAAGAUGCCCAAAGCUUUGCGACAGAUGUCCGGUUAAUGUUUUCAAAUUGCUACAAGUACAACCCCCCCGACCACGAGGUUGUUGCGAUGGCCAGGAAGCUCCAGGAUGUGUUUGAGAUGCGAUUUGCCAAGAUGCCGGACGAGCCCAUCGAAGCCACCCAGCUCUCCACCAUGCCGGUGGUAAGCAAGAGUACAGAGAGCAGUGAGAGCAGCGGCAACACCUCCAGUUCGGAGAGCUCCGACUCAGAGGAGGAGCGGGCCACGCGGCUCGCCGAACUGCAGGAACAGGUGGGUUCGGAACAGCAAAUCACUGUGGAGCACCCCAAUGGUAACAGGGCGGGGGGAAAAAACGGGUGUGCCAAACGUUUUCAGCUGAAGGCCGUUCAUGAACAGCUGGCUGUUCUGUCGCAGGCCCCAGUAAGUAAACCAAAGAAAAUGGAGAAAAAGCAAAAAGAUAAGAAGAAAGACAAAGAGAAAGACAAAGCCAACAAGGGGAAGGCUGAUGACGAGAAGAAGCCCAAGUCAACACAGCAAACCAAGCCAGCUAAUCAGAAGAAGGCUCCAGCCCGGAAACCAAACCGCACGGGGGCGGCUACCAGGCAAACAAAGAAAGGGACCAAGGUGGCGGUGGCGAACAACGAGUCUGAAGAGGAGCCGUCCCUUCCCAUGUCAUACGACGAGAAGCGCCAGCUUAGCCUGGACAUCAACCGUCUUCCGGGUGAGAAGUUGGGCAGGGUGGUCCACAUCAUCCAGGCCCGGGAGCCUUCCCUGCGUGACUCCAAUCCGGACGAGAUAGAGAUAGACUUUGAGACACUCAAGCCCUCUACCCUUCGUGAGCUCGAACGAUACGUCAAGUCCUGUUUGCAAAAAAAGCAGCGGAAACUUUUACAGAAGGCAGGCUCGGCUCUAGCAGGGGGCGCCUCUCGAAUGAGUGGCAGCAGCAGCUCUUCUGACUCUGGCAGCAGCAGCUCCAGUGGCUCCAGCUCAGAAAGCAGUGACUCCGAUUGAUCAGAGAAAGACCCACAUACAGUCCAGUCCCUCUCUUACCGUAGUUAAUUUACCCCCCUUUCUAGCUAGUAGUCUACUCUCUUUUUUUCUUCCCCUGGAUGACUUUUAUAAGAUAAUGAAAAUACUUUUGAUGACGAGGAUAUUGCUAAUGUUUUGUAUUUAGAAAUGCCUUUAAAGAAAAACAUAGGAAACGUGUAAGAAGAUAUAGCUGACUGAACAUAGUCAGGAUUUGUUUUUGCUGGCCCUUAAAGGGAAAUGCCUGGUAUCACCAGAACAACAUGCGUUUAGUUAAUAUUAUAAUUUUUUAAAGACUAUGUUACAUAAGUAGUAAACCGUUAAGAAACACUGAGAUUGAUUUUGGUUUGGACAAAAUUGUCUCAAGGAACAAAUAUGGUCUUUCUCUUCCUGGGAUGGCUGUUGCCUCUAGUUUGACCUUUGCCACCACACAUUAUUCCUUUUUUUUUUUUUUUUUUUUUUCGGUUUUAUGGAUACAGCUAUAUUUAAGAAAUUAAGAUAAUUGUUAUUUUUAUGGUCAUACAUACAAUUUUUGUUGACAAUGUAAAACAAAUGGUUUUAACGAUCAUCUAUAGAAGAUAAUUGAUAACUGUUUAUUUUUGUUCUCAAUCUUCCAUUCUCCAUUCAGUGUUUGUAAAUCUGUUGUCUCAAGGGUCUGUUCAAUGUAGUUGGCGGUUAACACUAGACUGCGAUUGAGUGAUACAUUGACUUAAUCAUGGCCCUACCUAUUUACUGAGUGUUUUAUCUACACAUUUAUGGCAAAGUAAAGUUGCUGUUUGAUACAUUUUCUGAUUGUCUUAAAGAUUAUUUUUGAGUCUCAUGCUUUGAUAUUCUGUCCACAGUAUGUGGUGGCAUAUACAAAUUCACUUUUUGCAGCCAGUGUUAAUGUUAAAUGCUCCCCUACUAAGAUGUAACACACAUCACACACUCUUGUGGUUUGUUUCCCAGCCUGUUUGUAUAUUUGGCAUGUGCCAUAUCUGACAACUUUCAUUAUUGAAUGUUAUAACUUUUUCCUUUGUCUGUGUUUGAGCUAGUCUUUCAUUUGAACAUUAUGGUUGUAUUCCAUAUGUAGGUGAAUUAACACUCACAGUAUAGCCUGUUUCUUUUAAGAGUGGAGAGCAAUGGGCUCUCUGUCUCCUCUGCGUAAACAACUAAUCGCCACGUGUACAAAAACGUACACAAGACAGGAAAUUAGAAUCUAAAAGUAAAUAAUCGUAUUGUUAUUUUGUUCAUAUUUGAGCAUUACAAAGACCUCUGUAAACAGAACUAGGUAGAUGUGUCAUAAUACACAACCUAGUCUUCCUUCCAAAUUCAGAAUCAUGAAUUCAAACUCUUUGGUUACCUUUUACAAUACACCUGUUGUGACUGGAUUUUUACAAUUAUGUAUCUGUAAUUUCUGAGAUGGUAAGUGUAUUUUCUAUCAAUUUUAGAUAAUUUACAACUGCAGUUCACGAAGCUGAGAUCAUUUGGUUAGUUGUUAGUAGUGGUGAUGUUUUAAACUUGAUCUGCUAAAUCCCCAUUAACCUCAUUAUACAGAUUCAGACAACCUCUUACAUAAAAAAAAAAAGCUGUUUUUGCCUGAGGGAUGUCAUACGAAUUGUUUUCACCAUAUUCACUUAUUUGUUCAUUUUAGUUCUUGUUCAACAUAUAAUAGAUCAUUUUUAUAUUUUAAUAAAAUCAUUUUAUGUAUUUGCAUGCACUCCUGCUGUAACUUUCUGAAAUAUUUUUUAGCACUGUAUUGUAACUUCUGUAGACAUCAAUCUUUGAGAAUUAAAGAUUUGUGUUGUAGUUUUAGGGUUUAAGGGUGAAAUUACAUAGGGAUGCUGGGCAAACAAAAAGUUAAUAUUUGAUGUAAUUAUUUACAUGGGAUACCAUAUUUUUCUGAGUUCCUUUGUUUUCAUAAAUAAACCACAUAAACAUA